GUUGCUAGAAAUAGAUUGUUAAUCACUUCUCCCGUUCAUAUAUAACCAAAUUUCUUUCACAUGUCCUGUGCCAAUACACCACACUUUUAUACUAUAUCUUUUUUUUUAUAUCCAAUAGUGUUGUUUCUUGAUACUAAAUUUGAGGUUUGCACUUCAAUGCAACAUUAGCAGCCAUGACAGAGCUCUGUGAUCUUCAAAUUCAUAUUAAUGGUCAACAAACAUUCUUUCUGAAUGAGAAAAUUAUUUCGAGAUUUUCAGGGAAGCUGAGGAGAAUCAUCAAGCAAGAAAGGAGGAGGACUCAAAUCAAGAAUUCUGGGAUUCAGAUUGAUGGUUUCCCAGGAGGGCCAUUCGGGUUCGAGCAGGUUUCGAGAUUUUGUUACAGCAAUGGGAGUUUUGUAGUGAAUUUUUCGAAUGUCUGUCUGCUACAUUGUUGUGGCCUGUUUCUUGUAAUGACAGAGAAGGUCUCAGCUUGCAAUCUUCUGCAACAAACUGAAGCAUUUCUUGAAGAGAUGUUUUCUUGGUCGCGGACCGAUGUUUUAACUUGUCUAAGGAGCUGUGAAUCUUUCUUUGAGUAUGCAGAUUCCCAUGGCCUAAUUGAAAAGCUCUUGAACACCCUUCUUGCAAAAAUUGCACAGCAUUCAGAUGUUUUUGUUUGCUCUUCCUCCUCCUCUUCUUCUCCGGAAACCACUGCAACUCCAUUCAGGCUGUCUUCGUCGACAAAGAGCAUGACCCCUGAAGUUCUUGGCCUCACAAAAAGUUCAUCAAAGAAGUUUUGGUGGUUUGAUGAAUUAACUGUUUUACCCCCAAUGGUUAUCGAAAGAUUUGUCAAGAUUUUUGGUGCUUAUGGAACUGAUGACACCAGUUUAGUCCUCACAAGGUUCAUCCUCAACUACCUAAAAACCAGUGUUCAGUCCAAACAUGAUGUAAUGAUCAAGCCUUGCACAAUAUCAGAGUACACAAGAUUAGCAGAUAUAGCUGUUUACGGGGUACUUACUGUCCGAAAAUCCACAUUUUCAUGUAGAGGAUUGUUUUGGAUUUUGAGACUUGUCACAACUUUUGGCAUAAGUAGAGAUUGCAGAACAGGGUUGGAGAGACUAAUUGCUUCGGUUCUUGAUCAAGCGAAAUUGGAUGACUUAUUGGUUUCUGCAAAUGAUGGUAACAGUGUCUAUGAUGUCAAUCUUGUGGUGAGAUUGAUUAGAUUGUUUGUUCAUACUUAUAGUAAAGAAGAGUACACACAGAAGAUGAAGAAAGUUGGUUGGCUGCUUGACAACUAUCUACGCGAAAUCGCUCCUGAUCAGAACUUGAAGAUUUCAAGAUUUCUUGGAGUUGCAGAGAGUUUAUCAGAUUGUGCAAGAGAUUGUUUUGAUGGGGUUUACAGAGCUGUUGAUAUCUAUCUUGAGUCACAUCCUAGUCUAUCUUUAGAAGAGAGAUCAAGGCUAUGCAGAUGUUUGAACUACAAAAAGCUAAGCCUAGAAGCAUGCAAAGAUUUAGCCAAGAACCCUAGAGUCCCCCCUAGGGUUUCAGUUGAAGCUCUUGCUGCUCAAACCAGCUCAACCACUUAUGACAUCAUAACAAACUCCCCUGCACUUGAUCCUUCUCCAAAAGACCAUGAUCAUGAAUAUCAGUCCUCCUCCUACUCUUCUUAUAAUCAAGCCUCGACAAAUGAUCCCAUUAAAAGCCAUAACCAAAGGAUCAUGUACAAUGGUAGUCCUGGUGAUCAGUCCAUGAUCACUCACAAGAACUAUACCGAAACGACAGACUAUGAUCAUCAAGACCAUAAAAACAAUGCAGCAGAAGAGAAUGAUGAGAUGAGAAUAGACCUGCAAAGAAUGCAAAGGAGGGUGGUGGAGUUGGAGAAAGUUUGCAGAAAAAUGAAAGGUAAAAUGUCAAGAAUGGGGAAGAAUGCAAGUCCCAUGAUGUCCCAUGCCAGGAGUAAAGUACUGCCAAGACUCUGCUAGUUAUAGCUACAUUAUAUUUUUGAAUUUUUCUUGUGCAUCUGUGAGUAUAGUAUUCUUUUGAACUUGUGUAAUUUCCCUUCUGGUGUAAAUGAAGGAGGUGCUUAAUCUGUGAGUAUAUGCAUUUUUGCUUGAGAUAUCUGAAAAUUAAGUUGAAUGGAGUUUUUAA